CAUUGGCGGUCAACAGUGCUAAUAUGCUAUCAAAUGUGAAUCCAUUGAUAAUUUUCCUGCUUCCACGCAGAAAUAUUGAUAUUUAGCAGUGUCAGUGGUUCUGUUUCGACAAUUCCAAAGGCAACAUGAAAGGAUCCAGAACAGCACUGCAUAUCGUAUUUAUAUAUAUUCUUAUUUUCGGAACACUUCUCCUAAACCAACGUUUGGCAGGUUCUAAACUCCAAGUCCCACUUGAAAACAUAACAGCGUCAUGCCGGGAUCCUUUAGGAAUGGAAAAUGGUAUUAUAAAGGACAACCAGAUCACUGUCUUUUCUGCAUAUAAUGACGACUUCAAUACCUAUGGAGCCCAAAGAGCAAGGCUUAACUUGAAGACUUGGCCACAGGGACACAGAGCUAAACCCGACAAGGCAUCAAGUACUUGGCUGAAGAUUGAGUUAAAGGAGAAUAUGAUUAUAACUGGUAUAGCAACUCAAGGUUAUGGGGACCCCAGCGUUGGAGAAUGGGUAAAGCAAUACAUGCUACUAUACUCGACUGGAAAAGAUUAUUUGUACUUUAAGGAUCAGAGCGGAGGCCUAAAGAUGUUUGCAGGAAAUACAGACUGGCAUUCCAUUAAACGUAACGAGGUGCCGAUCCCAACGGUCGUAAAAAGUAUUAUGCUAAUGCCCACGGAUUAUCACACUAAUUUUGCAUUAAGAAUGGAGUUGUAUGGAUGUAAACCAGGCUAUUACUUCAUUGUGUCGCUUAUGAUAUUGGACACUUAUUUUACCACUAUUUUUUUGAAUUCAAAUGAAACUAUGUAUAAAACCAUGAAAGAGGACACAGAAAUGGAGGUGGGUUACGCACUCGAGGGUGUCGCAGGCUAUCUUGGAGCAAAGCUUGAAAGAUUUAGUCCUGAAAAGUCUCAGUAUUCUGAGCUAAAUCUAAUGGCUGAGGUGAGGAUCAACUGUAUUGAGGCUAGUGUGCACUUUCUCACAACAAAACUCCAAAGUUCAAUCCAGCAGACCGAAGGACUCUUUCAGUCCUCAUCUAUGAAGGUCAAGUAUCCAUUGGACUUCUCCUGUCGACCACCAUCAGUUAAAGUCAACUUGAGUAAAACUGAAGCAGAGGCUAGUAUCGUUCAUUUAACAGAUCCUAUCACAUUGAAAGGUGAAGUUGAGCUACGAUGUAAUGCAACGUCAGAGACGUUAUACGCAUGGGAGCUAGCUCACGUUAGGAUGGAGAACAAGCAACUUAUAUCACCCGUAACGUUUGGUAUGGGAUUGAUCCAGGUUACAGAGAAAGCCCGAAAAUGGGGCGUUGGAUUAAAAUACGUCAGGUUUAGUGCCUCAAUGAUAGGACAAGAAGGAACGACCUCAUAUGACUAUGGUUUUAUCAAUGUCACAUUACCACCUUUGGUAGCAAAUAUUAAGGGGCCAAAAGAAGUUGUUAAGGGCACUGGUCCAUUUGUACUUGAUGCAAGAGAUUCUUUGGAUCCAAGCGAUCCGUUUACUAAAUAUAAGGGAAUCACCUUCAUUUGGUUAUGCCGGAGAAGCGGCGAAAGUUUUACCGGAGUAAACAUGAGCCAUCCAUUUGACGUUAUAUCUGUGACGAGGAAGAGAAAUAAAGGUGGCUGUUUUGGGUAUGGUCCCGGAAAAAUGAAUGAAACUGGGCCUUUGCUACAUGUGGAGCCUGCAUUUAUGGCUUCUAAGAACGUUUAUGUAUUUCAAGUAAUCAUAACGAAGGACAACAGACAAACUAAACUCGAGCAUCAAAUGAGAGUAAACUCUUCUUUAUCUCUUUCUUUAAGAUGCCUGAUAAAUUGCGGUCAUAAAGUUAGCACCAACUUACGAAUGACAGUCGAGGCAGUAUGUAAAGGUUUGACUUGCAAAGCAAUACAAAGUCACAACUGGGUCCUUUAUACAAACAUUGCAUCACAUAAUGUGACUGUUCCGAAAUGGCAGAAAGUGGAUGACCUAGAAGAAAAAUCUCUAACAGAUUUGGACAGCCAUUCCAUUGUUAUCAAAGGGAGACUCAAUGAGAAUUUUAACGCGCUGGAAAACGAUGCUGAAUACAAAUUAGUUGGCGAAGUUCUUUUGAAAGAUGGUUCUGUCGAAAGAGAUCAAAUGACUUUCAUCACAAACUCCCCUCCGCAAGGAGGAUACUGCAUGGCAGAUCCUGAGAUAGGAACCGCUGUUACAACUGAAUUUUAUGUUCAAUGUGAUGAAUUUAAGGACGACGAUCUACCACUGCAGUUUGAAUUCAGAUACCACACCAACACAGGCAUGAUCGUCAUCGAAAAGACCUUUAGUAAUCAUAUAAUAACUAGAUUACCUCUUGGAGAUCCUGUGGCAGACUACAUUGUUCCUAUCGAGGUGCUUGUUUCUGAUUCUUUCGGAGGUUCAUCCAUGGACUUUACCUUCGUAUUUGUUAAGCCAAUGAUUACUAAAGAUGUUUCAGGCACACUAAAGUCAAUGACAAGCGGAAAAAACAGUGCCAUGGGUAAUCUUCUAAAAUCGGGAGAUGUGAGCAAGGCUACCCAAAUGGCAUAUGCAGUCCUUUCACUUGUUGAUAAAAGCGAGGGAAACAUAGAAGCUACAGACAGAAAAUCGGUUGAUAUCGUUCGUACUCAAUUACGCUCAAAGUUAAAGGUAACCAAGAGUAGCGUAAAAAACCUAAAAGAUGGUAUAAUCGAUCAAAUCUCCAAGGUGAAAGUGAAAAAUUUGGAGCAGGUGACUCAAGUGGCUGCGGUAGUUGCAUUAGCAACUGGCCAAAAAGAUGAAAUUUCCCAAAAAUCACAAGAAAACGCUGUCGGCCUGUUGGAAGAUACUGCUUUGUUCAUGGCUAAUCAGAAAAAUGAUAAUCCAGAACUUUUGCAGAAAGUUGGUGCAAGUCUUCUUCAUGGUAUUGGCAACAUCCUGAGCGCAGCAUCCAAUGAAGCCAAGGAAACAGCGAAUGAAAAGGAGAAAAGAGGAAAUAGACAUAAACCUGACAAGGAGAGCGAGGAAACGAAAAAAAAGGGGAAAGAAAUGUCGGAGAAAACGUUACAACUAAUGGAAGUAGUUGGUGGAAGUCUUCUAUCAACAAAAACGGUGGGGGAAAAGCCAAGUGUUUUCAAGACAAAAAAUAUGGCGUUACUGUUAGACCGACAAAUGGCUUCCAAAAUGGGCAACAAAAAACUGGGAGAAGGAGAUAGCGAAGUGGCAUUGCCUUCCGCGGAUACACUAUUUGGAAACAACUCUGACAAUAUGGCCGCUAUUGAUUCUCAGAUGAUGGCAUUUGAUGAAAAUCCAUUUACUUGGGAUUCGAGCUCAAAAAAUGUCAGGUCAUCCGUUGUAGAGUUCAAAUUUAAAACCAGCCAUGGAAAAGUACUCGAUAUCACAGGACUGUCAAAGCCUAUUGAGUUAUAUAUACCACAAAAACUCCAAGAAGAGCCACAGAAUGUGAAUAAUUCGUCAAACGAGUAUUUUGUUAAGCCAAGUAAAAAUAAGAAAAAUAUUCGAAGUCACCAAAUAACAAUCCCAUCCCAUGAUGCUGCAGUUUCUGUUACCAUUAAACCACAAGAUGGAAUCAACCUAGUAGUAUACGUACGACACUUGUUGAAGCCUACUCCUGAUUCUUACGAUUUGAAAAAGAUCAUGCCAGAUUACACGAGCUGUUUAAAUUAUGACGUUGAAAUGGGGUAUCAAAAUUGCACUGAUGAUCCUUACACUCUAACCAUUUCGAGUGCUAGUACUGGUGAAAUAGGCAUUCAUUAUAUUGGUGUUCAGUACACCCCUGUACAAAGUAUGGACCCUGUGAAUCCUUCGGAUGGAGAAGUGAUAAGUGCUCGAUUAAGAAGGGACUGUUACAGUCACAGCGGAAGAGUGAAGAGAGGGUGUAUUGGCGUAAAAGACCCUCCUACCACCCCAGCUCCUACUCCAUUAAUUAUAGUCCCUUUAUAUAAUGGUAGCACAGAUGUCAAUUACACAAUGUCUGUAAGUGUAACUUCGUGCCUAUAUUGGUCUGAAAAGCAAUCAAAAUGGACAAGCGAGGGAUGCAAGGUUGGUCCAAAGUCUAAUGCUAGAAAGCUUCACUGCUUGUGCACGCAUUUGUCUGCAUUUGGCGGUGAUUUCUUUGUCGCACCUAACCCUAUUGACUUCGACAAAGUGUUUGCAGAAUUUGGAAGACUUGGAGAAACAGGAAACUUUGUCGUGUUAGCAACUGUCUGUGGAUUGUUUGGGUUGUACUUUAUUGGACUUGUUUUUGCAAGAAAAGCUGAUAAAAGAGACGAUACUAAGGUUAUUGCUAAUGUGUAUCUCAGGGAAAAAGAUAUGCAAGAGGGAUAUAUCUACCAGAUAUCUGUACAGACGGGCAUGUGGAGAGGAUACGGAACGACAGCGAAUGUUGGUAUAAGGAUCUAUGGCGAAGAGGGAAAGUCGGAUGACAUAUUGCUUACGGAUAAAAGCCUUAACAAAACCUUUUUUUCGCGAGGUAGUGUUAACAACUUCACCAUUGCAUUACCUGUGUCUGUUGGUGAAUUGCUCAAAAUUAAACUGUGGCAUGACAAUUCUGGCCCAAGUCCUGCGUGGUUUUUCCAACAAGUUCUCAUAACCGAUGCACAGACAGGAGAACAGUGGCACUUCCUGGGAAAUAGAUGGCUUGCUGUUGAGAAAGGAGAUGGCCAAAUUGAGGUAGAAAUCCUUAAAGCAGAUAAGAAGCAACUUUCAGGUUUCAAAAAUCUAUUUCACUCCCGAACAGCCCGUAGCUUAGGAGAGGGACACCUUUGGCUAUCCAUCUUCACAAGACCACCCCACAACACAUUUACAAGAUGCCAAAGGCUUUCCUGUUGCCUCUCUAUCCUUUUUGCAGCUAUGGUCACCAAUGCCAUGUUUUAUCAGUUUGGAACAGAACCAAAGGACACUUUUAAUAUCGGGCCACUAAAAAUGAGCUGGACCCAGAUCAAGAUUGGAAUACAAAGCAGUAUUGUGGCUAUUCCUGUCAACAUCUUAAUUGUGACAAUAUUUAGAAAUAUCAAACAAAACGUUCCUGACAAUGACAAUCACAGGGAAGAUGGAAACUCCAAUAGCAAAAAGAAAAAGACUCCAGGGUGCUUGCCCCAUUUCUUCAUAUACAUUGGUUGGACUUUGUGCAUCUUAACGUCCUUAGCUGCAGCUACAUUCACUGUGUUUUAUAGUUUGAUGUGGGGUGCAAAUACAUCGAAUCAGUGGCUGACGUCUAUUAUGGUUUCAUUUUUCCAAGAUGUCAUCAUAACUCAACCAAUAAAAGUCAUUGCAAUCGCAUCUCUAUUGUCGUUGGUUUUGAAGAAACCCCCUGAAAAUGAUGUUGUCCUUGGCGAAUCUCUGAAAAACGAAAAAGAAAAUGGCAAUCGUAAGGGCUGCGUGGCACCAAGAGGAGAAGAACUCGAGAAACAAAGAGAAUAUCAAAAGAAGGUCAUCGAAAUGUUUAGAACUUUGGUGGAAAUAAUAUUCUUCAUGAUUUUCUUGCUUCUUGUAACUGUGGUGUGCUACGGAAAUAGAAGCGUUUCGAGGUAUCACAUGACUGAAGGAAUGGAAAAAUUAUGCAGUGGUUUUGAAAAGGCAUUGACGACGGACAAAUUUUGGAAUUGGACCAAAAACAAACUGCUGCCAGCGUUAUAUGACACUGAUUGGUAUAAUGGCGAACCUUUUACCUCUGAAGAGGGUUUUGUUAGUAAUCGAGAGAUGUUUAUAGUAGGAAUGCCCCGUCUUAGACAGCUAAGGAUGCGGCCAGAGCGUCAUUGUUCUAUUGAGAAAAAAGAGCCACGAAUUUCACAUCAAUUCAAAAGGUGCAUUCCAAAAUACUCGCAUGAGCAUGAAGACAAAACAGAAUUUAAUAUGCCUGGAUGGAACCCAGUCUAUAACGUUAAUGCAACAAUGAGCUUGUUUGAGUUAUGGGACCUUUGUCCCAAACCCUGGAGAUAUCGAACCGCACGAUCGUUGAAUUCUUUACCUUUUCAAGGAGCUGAGGUUUCCUAUGAUGGGGGAGGCUUUGUUGCUGACUUAGGUUACGAUGUCGGACAAGCCAUGGACGUAAUUAAUAACUUAGAAUAUCACAAGUGGAUAGAUGAUAAAACUGCAGCUGUGAUAGUUGAAAUCACCGUCUUUGAUCCAGCAACUUUACUUUUCAGUCACGUUAAAUAUCUAUACGAGAGAUUCACAACAGGUGGAACAAAUGUACGAACAACAAUUAAAACGCUGGUUUUGUAUUCUUCAUCAGAUCAAACCUUUCAAUCUUUCUACCAAGUUUGUCAGCUGAUGCUCAUGCUCAUGAUUCUUUUCUUCUUCUUCGUUGAAAUCGGGAAGGUAUACCGCCAAGGACGUGCGUAUGUGAGACAAUUCUGGAACUGGAUGGAGCUAGUGCAGAUUAUCAGUGCUGUAUCGGCUAUCGUGAUGUUCUUUUUUAAAGAGAAAUACACUAGUGACUUCGUUCGAAAAGUGCAGAACAACCCUUACGAGACCUCGAGCAUCGAUUACAUUAUUUUGUGGUCAGAUUUAGAGAUAUAUUUGCUUUCUCUGGUUAUUUUCAUCGUCACGAUCAAAUUCCUUCGACUUAUCAGAUUCAAUCGCAGCAUAUGCCAAAUGACUGGAACUUUAGUAAGAUCUGCUAAAAACAUAUGGUCGUUUUUCAUCAUUUUUGUUGCUAUUCUUUUGGGGUUCACUCAACUGGGAUUCCUUGCUUUUGGAGCCACAGUUACAGCCUACUCAUCUUUUUUCCAGUCCUUACGCUCCGUUAUGCAAAUGCUCCUAGGAGGAGAAAUGCAUUUUUAUGAGCUGCAAUCUACAAAUGGCAUCAUAGGCCCGAUAUUUACUUUUGUGUUUAUGUUUUCCAUGACCAUGAUACUAUUAAACAUGUUCCUAGCGAUCCUUAACGAGUCGUACGAAGAAACAAGGGAGGACGAAAAUUCUGAUGAUUUUGCUGAUGCUGAUCUCUGCGAUUUCAUGUUUUCUUACUUCGGAAGCAAGUAUAAGCUGUUCCUUGAAGAAUACAAGAAUGUGCAAACCAAAAUAUUGUCAAUUGCGGAACGCUUCAUAAGACAAAGAAGAAAACGAAAAGAAGAAGAGUAUCACAGGCUACAUGCCGAAGAAGUUAAAGAAACAGAUGUUUGCGAAGACGAGUCUAAUCGAAAGAAAAGCGGUCUGGUUUUCCUUGCGUCCAUCGAGUCGUUUCACGAUCUUUUAAGUGAUGAAAAUUUAGAUGACAUAAAGAGUAACAUUACUGAUCUCAAACAAUCUCUCACCUCCCUUCAUUCGCUGGAAGGCAAUAAAUUGUUGCCCCUUCCAAAAGAGUAUGAAUCUCAGGCUUAUGCAUCGCCAAAAUGGGACAGCCCAGAAGUCGAAAUCAGCCCAGUUACCAGCUCGCAACAAACAUCGAUAUUUGAUCGGCCGCCGCCUUACGAAAGAUCAAUAUUUGAUCGGCCGUUAGAACCUGUUACUUCAAUAUUCGAUAGACCGAACCAUAGUUACUUCAGUGGCCGCUAUUCACCCUUUUCAUCUUCUAGAGCACUCAAUUAUCAAGGAGUGAGACAGUCGAAAUAUCUCUUAAUGGAUGAGGACGAAGAUGGAUCUACAGCAAAUGAAAAUUCAAGGCUUUUAACGCCUAAAUAUCCGACUGUCGAUACAACGACAACUUCAAUAGCUGGAUCAGAUGGAAACGAAUAAACAUUCCUGCAUGGCCAAAUUUGCGAAUUUUUGGAGGCGGGAUG